GGUUUGCGAAGAAGAUCGAAAGUCAGUCGCGAUGCCGGAUGUGCGAAGUACGCGUGGCUGUUGGACUUGUCGUCUGCGAAGGAAGAAGUGUGACGAAACACCAGGCUCGUGUGCUACCUGCCGUAACCUUCAGCUCGAAUGCGAUGGGUACGGUGCACGCCCAAGCUGGAUGGAUGGCGGCAGAGUUGAGGACAGCUAUCGCAAGUACGUGAAGAUUCGCAUCAAAAGCAGAUCAGGUCCUCGACGCCGAACGCACCCCGACUCAGAGCGAUCCUCGUGCACAGAGUCCGAGCGGUCUUCGUCUUCGUCUGAAGUCCAGCUAGACGACCAACGUCGCGUUCUAUCUAGCCCUUUCCAGUGUCCAUCCUGGCCGGAUCCGAUAUUGAGCCCGUCAUUCGACCUCGCUGCUUCUUUUGCGGAUUAUCUUCAGCCUGGCCGGCGCGACCCUCAGAGACCUGAGGUAAUAUCUGGCGAAGGCGGUGUCGCUGGAAUGGCAUCAUCCGGCGCCUCCGCCCUCGAAGUCAACGCACUUACCGUUGGCGCAACCCCAGAACGAUUUUCGUGGAUUAACGGUCACUAUGCUCGAAUUCCAGAGUCCUAUAAUGAUUACUCUUCCCGACUGACUGACGACCCUCCGGCACUGCUAAUGCACUAUCUCGACCAUGUCUUCCACUUACAAUACCCUCUGUUUUCCAAAACCGCUGUCAUACACAGUCGCAGUUGGGUGCUGGAUAUGAUGUACGAGUGUGCCUCAUUCUACUGGCUGGUUCUAGGUCUUGCUUCUUACCACAAAGAGUCAACUGCCGCUACCAGUAACCAGUAUUUGGGACCAUCAGAACCCGGUCAACUUGCUGGUUGGAGAGUAUACCAUGCUUUCGGGCUCCACGAAUUCCGGCAGACUGUCGCCAGCAUGGGUCAGGAUAAUUCUGUGGAUGCAGGGACUGGUAAGGUUGAGAAGGGUCUGCAGAUUCUGGCCUGCGUCGUGCAGUUCUUGUCCUUCAAGCUCCUUGGGGCCUCGGUGGAGGAAACUGGCGUACACCGUGGCGCCGAGGUCUUUUUGUUUGAUGUAGUCAAAGACUGUGCCCAUCUAGGCCAACCAUCCAGCGAGACUUCUCAAGUCCAGCAAGUCCCAAUCAGCACCAGCAUGAAACAUCAAAGCCUCCCAAUCUUCGUCAGCAGCAUCAUUUGGUAUGCCGCUCUGUCGUCUUUAUCAAUCCGAGAGCCCCCGUUUGCGGUCCGCAUCCUAGACCUCGUGGAGAAUACGCCACUCUUACAAGUCCGAAGCUCCUUUGGCUGUGAGACGUGGUUGAUUGUGAGUCCCAAUCAAGUAAGCGACCUCGACGCAUGGCAAGCCCAGAUGGCCGCCGACAACUGCCUCAGCCGCCUGGAACUCAGUACCAAGGCCGAAGUGAUCUGGCUUCAACUCGAGCGGAAUAUGGAGAUGUCGACAAAAGCAAGCUCCAGCAAAGCCCAAAAGGCUCCGCUAGGCGGCGAACUCGAUCUCGAUGCCAUCUCUUCUAUCGUCACGGCUGCAUACGCCCGAACAGUCUUGGUUUACCUGCACACUGUGGUAUCUGGGCCAUAUCCCAAGCUCCGCGAAGUUUCGGAAAAUGUUGAACACAUAAUAAACCUUCUGCCUCAUCUGGAAUACUCUUCGCUGUUUCGGCUGAUCAGCUGGCCCAUAUACAUCGCCGCUGCCAUGAGCGAUUUCGACAAUCGACAGUGGUUCGUAGAGCAGUGUGAGUCCUUCCCACAGGCUGACUUACAGGUUGUGCAAGCUCGCCAGCGCGUGGAAAAGUGCUGGGAGUUGCGGGACUCAGGGCCAUUGGCUUGCGAUUGGGUGGCGGCGUUCAGGAUGGAGACAAGCCCUUUAUGA